UCCUUUUAUCAGGGUGGUCUUGAGCGCACUGAAGGGAAAUCUUUUCUAGAAAUAACCUUUCUGCUUUUCGUGUCAGCUCCCCACCAGUCACGCAGCCAGAGGCUGAGGGGCGGCUCUGACCUGGCCUUGGCUGCGAGUCAGGAAGGCAAAGAUCGCGAAGCUUGGCGCCUGGGAGCGCUCAGAGCCAGGUGACACAGUCGUGGGUUCCCCGGCGCUGGCUUGACAGUUUCCUCCCCGCCCACUCGCAGGAGAGCGCCCAGCUGGGCUGCACGCGCGCGCAGGGGGCCAUAAAAGCUGCGGCCGCGCCGCGACGCCGAGCUCGCCCACCGCCCGAGCAGCCGCCGCACCAUGCACGUGAACGGCAAAGUGGCGCUGGUGACCGGCGCGGCGCAGGGCAUCGGCAGAGCCUUUGCAGAGGCGCUGCUGCACAAGGGCGCCAAGGUAGCGCUGGUCGAUUGGAAUCUUGAAGCAGGUGUAAAGUGUAAAGCUGCCCUGGAUGAGCAGUUUGAACCUCAGAAGACUUUCUUCAUCCAGUGCGAUGUGGCUAACCAGGAACAACUGAGAGAUACUUUUAGAAAAGUUGUAGACCACUUUGGAAGAUUGGACAUCUUGGUCAAUAAUGCUGGAGUGAAUAAUGAGAAAAACUGGGAAAAAACGCUGCAAAUUAAUUUGGUUUCUGUUAUCAGUGGAACCUAUCUUGGUUUGGAUUACAUGAGUAAGCAAAAUGGAGGUGAAGGCGGCAUCAUUAUCAAUAUGUCAUCUUUAGCAGGGCUCAUGCCUGUUGCACAACAGCCUGUUUAUUGUGCCUCGAAGCAUGGCAUAAUUGGAUUCACACGCUCAGCAGCGAUGGCAGCUAAUCUUAUGAACAGUGGUGUGAGACUGAAUGCCAUUUGCCCAGGCUUUGUUAAUACGCCCAUCCUUGAAUCCAUUGAAAAAGAGGAAAACAUGGGACAAUAUAUAGAAUAUAAGGAUCAUAUCAAGGAUAUGAUGAAAUUCUAUGGAAUUUUGGACCCAUCAAUGAUUGCCAAUGGAUUAAUAACACUCAUUGAAGAUGAUGCUUUAAAUGGCGCUAUUAUGAAGAUCACAACUUCUAAGGGAAUUCAUUUUCAAGACUAUGAUACAACUCCGUUUCACACAAAAACUCAGUGAACAUCUUAUAUACCCAUAACUUUUCAGUUAUAUAGCCAUAACUGAAAAUAAGCACAAAUAACAUAUGCAGACCAUAUCUUCAUUUGAAUAUAGCUUUUUAAAUGAAAUGUUAUCGUUUGAAGCUUUCCUUCAUGCAUUUGAUGUUAAUUUUUUUCUAAAUGAUUAGUUAACUAUAUAGAGAGAAAAAAAAUUAGGAACUAUCAAAAAUAUGAUGUGGACCAGAGCCAGGUUUUGCUCUGGUCUAAGUAAUGAUUAAAACAAAGGAUAUUCAAGGAAUAUUCUGCCUUUAAGAAAAU